UUCGAUUCAGUACGGUCAGCCAUCGAUAGUGCCAUCGAUUGUUACCACCUAAACUGUACUAGUAGCGUGCGCCUAUUUUACAAUUAAAAGUUGGCCAAGCAACUCGAUUUUCGGCAAACAAAAAGCGAAGAAGAAGAGGAGACAAGCGAAAAUAAGUGAGAGCGAAUUGUGUGUUUGUGUGCGUGCUAAAGAGAGAGAGAGCGCAUUUUUAGCAAGCGUCGGUGUUGGUGUUUGUGUGUGUUAGUAAAGGGACGCCGCUAAGAAAAAGGCGCAGAAAACGGAAACGAAACAGGGAUUUUCUUUAUUCGCUUGCUAAGUUAAUCGCGUCCCGUAAUGGAGGAAGUAGCGGUAAAGAAGCGUGGCCGACCGCCAAAGUCUGCCAAUAGCGGUGGCUCGCCAGCGGCUGCAGUGGCUUCGGCCGGCGCCAAAAAGCGCGGUCGUCCCGCCAAGAACAAGGGCGCUAAUACGUCAGUUGGCGGAGGAAGCGGUCAGCGGGGUCGUCCGCCGAAGGCGUCGAAAGUCGAAAACAACGACGACGAGGAUGAGGAGGAAGAGGAGAAUUCCGAGGAGGAGCUGAACAACACCGUUUCCCCCUCGCCACCAAAGGGCAGGGGACGCCCGCGGAGCAGCGGCGGCGGCGGCGGGGAAGUGGUCAAGACGCCAGGAUCCGCCAAAAAACGCAAGGCCGGCAGGCCCAAGAAGCACCAACCCAGCGGCAGUGAGGAUGAAGAUGAGCAGAGCGACGACGAUGACGGCAGCAGCGAUGAGGAUCGUCGCCCUGUCGGCCGACCUGCGACCGGAGCAGUCAAUCUGAACAUAUCGCGCUCUGGUCGCGGCCUGGGAAGACCGAAGAAGCGAUCCUCGGGCGAGUGGAACGGCGAUGCGGAGCCGGCGGUGCCCAAGAAGCGCGGUCGUCCGCCACAGAACAAGGCGGCCCGCGCCGCCUAUGUGCCCACCGGUCGUCCUCGCGGUCGCCCAAAGGCCAAUGCCGCUCCCGUUGAGAAGCAGGUGGCCGAGGACAACGGCGACGAUCUGGACGACGAGGGCUCCGCGGACGAGGUGCACAAUGCGCCGGAGAAGACGGCAGUGACGCCAAAGAAGCGAGGUCGUCCUUCACUCGGCGGCAGCAAGACGCCCAUGGAGGGAACCCCUAAGCCCCGUGGCCGCCCGCCGAAGGUCGUCAACAAAGAUGAUGCAGAUGACGCCGAUUCCACCGACCAGGCCGAGAACAACUCAAAGAAGGAGUCGAACGAUGAGGAGCGUCGUGCUGACGGAUCACCCCCACCCAAAGGAGAUGACCUCAAAUGGAACUCCGAUGGCGACAACGAUGCCAACGAGGAGUACGUCUCGGAUGUCUAUAACGAUUCCGAAUCGGUAGCAGCCUAAAAAUCUAUUAACAUUUCCACCACACAACAUCCCCCACACAAAAUCAACAAAAAUUAACAUUGAAAAAAUAAGGGAAAAACAUUAUCUGCAAAUAAGAACUAAUGAAACCUUGAGCACACACAAGACCAUACAAACAAAACAAAAAACAACAAAAAAGAAAAAAAGUAAAAACCCUGGAGAGGACCUACUGGACUUUCGCGAACCUUUCCCCUCCCCAAAUUAACAAACUUUAACUAAAUACAUUUUCCGAAUUAUUGCUAGGAAAACGGAAUACAGUUCACUGAACUCCAGUAUAUUGACGUUUAAGCUCGGAAUUAUUGUUUUAUUUGAUGGUAACUUUCAAAUAAAUAACGUAUAUGUAUUAGAGUAGCUCUGCAGGUCUUUCUUUGGGAAAGGUUCCAAAGAAGCCACAUCAUUUUUGCGGAAUAAGAUUGUAUUUCAUUGUAAUAAGUUUAAUUUGAGUUGAUUGCAGCUAAUUCAAUCGUUUCCAAAUUUAAAUAAACAUUAGACCUUAA